GAACAGGAAGUUCUGAAAACGCAUCUAGUUGUCUGUGAUUUAAAAAACUAGAAUGCGUAAAAGGAACGGUUAGCGCGACACCCCUCAAUCCUCAUCAAAUCUUGCCCUUACCUCACCGCUGCUCUCUGCAGACUGCAAACUGCAAACUGCAAACUGCAAACUGCAAACUGCAAACUGCAAACAGAGACACCAAAGCAGAUCUCAUCUUUCUCAUCAAGCGCUGCUCUUUUGACGCCUUGUGUUCUGUUCAGAAUGGGUCUGUCUUUCACGAAGCUCUUCAGUCGCUUAUUUGCCAAGAAGGAGAUGCGUAUACUCAUGGUCGGUCUCGACGCCGCCGGUAAGACCACCAUUCUCUACAAGCUCAAGCUCGGCGAGAUCGUCACCACCAUUCCAACCAUUGGGUUUAAUGUGGAAACUGUGGAGUACAAGAACAUCAGCUUCACUGUCUGGGAUGUUGGUGGCCAGGACAAGAUCCGUCCUUUGUGGAGACAUUACUUCCAAAAUACCCAAGGACUUAUAUUUGUGGUUGAUAGCAAUGACCGAGAUCGUGUUGUGGAAGCUAGAGACGAGCUGCACAGGAUGUUAAAUGAGGAUGAGUUGAGAGAUGCUGUGCUUCUUGUUUUUGCAAACAAGCAAGAUCUUCCAAAUGCUAUGAAUGCUGCUGAAAUAACUGAUAAGCUUGGUCUUCAUUCUCUUCGUCAGCGUCACUGGUAUAUCCAGAGCACAUGUGCCACAUCUGGUGAAGGACUUUAUGAAGGACUUGACUGGCUCUCAAACAACAUUGCAAACAAGGCAUAGUGAUUAUCGGUCGUGGGUUGCAUGAAGUUCAGUUGAGUUUCGAUUCUGACUUCCGAUGUUUGAUGUGGUUACCGUUUACCCUGUUUAGAAUCUUAUCUGCUCUAGCAUGUAUUAUUUGUCUUCGAUAAAGAACAGAUGUCUACUACCUAAUAUCAAAAUAAUUUGCGUUUUUUUUUUUUUUUCGUGUAUGACCAAAAUUGAAGGCAUUGUUUCACCCAUUGAAUUGUGAAGUCAAUUUUAUAAUUGAAAGUUUUUGCAUUUAUACAUGAUAUGUUAAACACAAUUAACAACAGUGUAUCUCAGACAUCGAUUAUUGUUUA